AAGGAGGAAAAGGGGGGAAAUCUGCUUUGAAGUCACCAGGUUAUAAAGGAAAGGAUGAUAACUCAGCUAAGUUGAAGGGAAGGAAAGUUCAGUUUGAUUCAGAAGAUCUGUAUGACGACAAAUUUGACACAAAUGGAAAUGGGAAGUCUAAUGGGAAGGAUGAUACUUCUUUUGCUAAAGGUAUGGCCGUAUAACUACUUUUCUUUAUCUUCUCAUGUUUCUAUAAAAUUCUAUUGCUUAUAUUCUAGAAGCAAUAGUCCUUUGCUAUUUUUUACCUAUGCAAAUUUCUUCUUUCUUAUGCAUGAAUUGAUAUUCUUGGGCAAAGGGGGAAAGGGAGACAAGGGAGGCAAAGCUGGUAAAGGAUCUGCAAAGAAGGAACCUCCUCCGCUUUUGCUCAAGGUUGAACAAGAGCUUCCUGAGAAUGCCAAGUGUUUGAUGGACUGUGAAGCUGCACAAAUCUUACAAGGAAUCCAAGAACAUAUGGUGCUACUGUCCAAGGAUCCAACAAUUAAGAUCCCUAGUUCAUUUGACAGGGCACUGCAGUAUGCCAACAGAGGCAAUCAUUACACCAACCCUCACUCUGCUAGACAAGUAUUGGAAUCUCUCAAGGAUCAAGGUCUUUCGGAUGGCGAGAUGUGUGUCAUUGCAAAUACUGCAAUUGAAUCGGUUGGUGAAGCUUUCGGCCUCAUGCCAUCAUUAAAGGCCAAGAAAAGCAAGGUAAAAGAACCAUUGAGAAGUGCGUUGACUGAGCUGGAGAAGCUAAAAAAUGUUACAGAAAGCAACAAAAAGGCUAUAGUGCUUGAUUGAAAGAACAGGGUAUGCUGAUGUUAGGAGAUAGAAGAUGUAGAAGUGGCACCAUUCUUAGGGGAAAAUGCUGAUGCUUGUUUUCUGGCUUUUAUUGUAUAGAUGCAAAUAUUUGUUGGUUAACCUGACAUGUACCCUUUGGCUGCUAAAAUCAUUUUCUUACCUUUUGUGUUUGACAUAACAAUGUAGCAAGUAAUUGAAUAACAUGCGUUCCACAUUCUCUCU